GCACGGAUUACCAUGCUUCAUGAGUUACUUUUAGCCUUAUCUGGCUUGUCUGGUGACUUGUUCGUGCCAUUUCCUUCACAGCCAGAAACGGCCACCACUUUUAAAAUUCCACCUGACUUUCCUUUUUUGCACGAAGCUGAAAAAACUUCCUUGGAGCGUCUUGCUGCUUUGGGAUUUUAUUAUCGGCGUAUUGUUCUUUUUUUGGAAGAUACAAUAUCAUUUCGUGGAUCAUAUAUACAUGCGUUUUGCAACGCCUUGAACGGAAUUCUUGCUGACUUUCAAAAGACAAUUAUAGAAUGUGAAAUUAGAAUUUUAAAUAAAGAAGAUAAUAUGGGUGGUGUGGUUCCAGUAUCACAAUUUGUUUCUGCCUUUGGUGAUUAUUAUAUAAUAUUACCACACUUGCAUCAAUUAAUAAUUGAAAUAGAAAAAAAUUCUACAAAUUAUUUUGGCUGUCGAAUCCUUAAUCUAAUUACUGAUAGAUGUAAUACUGGUGUACCCGAAUUACGAACAAUCAUGUUGAGAAUUUUGCAAGCUUGUCACGAAGUUAUGUAUAAACAUAUAACUUCAUGGAUGGUUUAUGGUCACUUACAAGAUCCCUUUAGUGAAUUCUUUGUAAAGGAUGAAACUUCUAAAAUUCUGUUUAACCAAUCAAGAUGGCAUCGAUAUUUUGUUAUCGAUGAAUCUUUUAUUCCGAAUCAUAUACCACACGACGUAGCGAAAUCAAUCCUAUUUGUUGGUAAAGCUAUUGCGACGGUAAGGAAUGCUGCUAAACCACAUGAAAAAAAUAGUACUUUACCACAUUCGCUUAAUUCUCUACAUCUUCAACAUCUUUUGCAACUUUCAUCAAGACCAAUUUUUCGUCUAAUUGAACUUGAAAAUGUUGUAACUAUCAUACGAGAUAAUGUAGCACAGUGGUUAUGGAAAGUUGUGUUAACGGGUGACAAAGUUGUUGAGUGCUUAGAAGCAUUUAGGAACUAUUUUUUACUUGGACAAAGUGAUUUUGCGUUAUCACUUGUUGAACAGUUUGAAAAAUUAACAUCGUCCAGGUCUAUGCCAUCAAAAAUUUUAAUGGUUAGAGAACAAGAACUGAAUUCACUUUUGGUGCGUACGUCCGUGGGCACAUCGGCAGAGAGUGAUCCUGCUUUCGAAAAAUUCAGAUUCAAACUACCAAAUGUAAGCGAUCAAAAAAUUAUGACGACACCGAACAACAUAUUUGAUAGUGUUAUGCUUGGUGUCCCCCUUAGACUUGAAUAUGAUAUUGGCUGGCCUCUAGAUUUGUUCGUCACUGCUGAAGAUUUGGAUAAAUACGGAAACAUCUUUUCUUUUCUAUUGUCUCUUCGCUGUACUCAGUUCCGACUUCAAAAAGUUUGGACACACCUCGCCAUGAUUAGAAAAUUUGGAUCAGUCGACAAUAAACUCUCUAAUGAUAAAAACUAUAGUAUGCUGAUGCCAUGGAAAGUUAGGGCUUCGAUGAUGUUCUUUGUAGAUUGUUUAUGGGGACAUAUACAGAUGAAUAUUAUUGAAUCGAACUUUCAAACACUUGUUAAUCGAAUCAACAUAUCAUCCAUGAACGAUGAAAAAACGCAUAUAAGUGAAUCAGAAACCUUUCGUGACUUUGAAGAUAUCCGAAUUGGACACGCAACUUACCUCGGGGAUUUACUGCGUGGAUGUCUUCUUGAAUCUCGGACUU